CCCUCCUCCGGCUUCAGGCCCCUCGGCCCCUCUUCCUCCAGGAUGUUAUCACAUGGAUUGACGCCAUGGCUGUGGACGUGAAUUGACAUAAAUUCGCCCUUCGCCUGCACCUGUAGCGUCUGCCAUUGAUCAAGCCAACUCCCACCAUGACUGCCUCAACUCCCCCUGGUUCUCUUGGCAACCUCACUGCAGAACAGGAGGUGAAACUCCGUGAAUUCUGGAAUAUUUUGCUCCAGUCGUGGGACACAAGCGACACAAAGCCCGAUGUCCCCAAAUCUCCCACCGCGUCUACAGCCUCGCCCAAAUCCCACCGCAGGUUCUUCUCUCUAGGCCGCUCGCAGCCCGAAACAACCGACGAUGAACUCUCCGCAAUUCCAUCCAAAAUGCUUACCUCGCUCAAGAGCCUGAAUACAGCCUCUUCCGAGCUCAAAUCAAUCCAAUCCGUCCUCACCCAAAUCAACGGCGACGAGCUCCGCGCAGCCUACGUCAGCAUGCUCAAACAAGACCACCCGGACGCACUCCUGCUACGCUUCCUGCGCGCCGAGAAAUGGAACGUGCCCAAGGCGUGGAUCAAAUUCGCCAAGGCCCUAAACUGGCGCGUCAACGAGUUCCGCGUCGACGAGGACGUCCUUCGCAGGGGCGAGGGGUAUGCCCUGGAAAAGGCGCGCAAUGGAGACGCUACCGAGAAGGCCUAUGGCGAGGGCUUCCUGGUUCAGCUGCGCACGGGAAAGGGCCAUAUCCAUGGUGCUGAUGCGGCGGGGAGGCCGAUUGUUAUUGUGCGCGCGCGUGUGCAUAGCCCGGCGGACCAGCCGGCGGCGGCGUUGAAUAAUUAUAUUGUUCAUUGUAUUGAGACGUUGAGGAUUACGAUGGCUCCGCCGGUGGAGACGAUAUCGGUCGUGUUCGACUUGACCUCCUUUGGGCUUUCGAACUGGGACUUUCCUCCGGUGAAAUUCAUCAUUGAGAGCUUCCAGGAGAAUUACCCCGAGUCCCUGGGCGCGCUGAUAUUCUACAAUGCACCCUGGAUCUUCAGCGGAAUGUGGAAACUCAUCCACCCAAUCCUCGACCCCGUCGUCGCCGCAAAAGUCCAUUUCCUCAACGGCCCUCAAGCCCUCUCGAAGCUGAUCCCCCUGAACCGCAUCACAAAGGAACUAGGCGGCACCGAGGACUGGGAGUUCGAGUGCAUCGAGCCCAAGGAAAACGAGGAUGAGAAACUACAGGACACGGCCACAAGGGACACUAUUCUCGCAGAUAGGAAGAAGCUGGCUGAUGAGCUCUUUAGCCUCACUGCGGAGUCGCUCUCGAAAUCGGAAGCUGAUGACUCCGUGAAGAGCAGUCGGGACGACGUGAUUAAGAAGCUCAGGGAUAAUUACUGGACGCUUGACCCGUAUGUGCGUGCGCGCUGUAUCCUCGAUCGAACGGGUGUGAUCAAGGGACAUGGCGAGAUCGAUUUUUACCCAGAUGCAUCCAAGGCGACAAACGGGCAGGGGGAGAAGGCCUUGGAGAAUCCCAACGACCCGCAAUUCGUGGAGGUGGCUGUCCAGUGAUACUUAGUUUAGUCAAUCCGUUAGAAUAAUCUAUCUUCGUGAG